AUGGCACAGAAAGCCAAAGAGUAUGCUGUUCUAACAAUCAUGGACUAUGAAUCGUGUUAUGAACGGAUCUGGCGAGGAGGACUAUUGAAAAAGGCAGCAGGUUAUGGUGUGAAUGGCAGACUCUGGCUAUAUUUGAAAACUUUUUUGAAGGAUAGACAAUACUAUAUUAAAGUAAAUGAUUAUAAGUCUCCUACAUUCAUCUCCAAAGUUGGAAUUCCACAGGGGUCGGUCAUAUCACCAAUUCUUUGCAACAUGUACACCAGUGACGCCCUCAUAAGCACCAGGGGAAUACAUGCAGAGUUUGCUGAUGAUGCUAGUCUGCUUAACUCUGACAGUAGUUUGCAAGAAGCAGUUAAGAAGACAAACAGUGAUCUAGACAGCAUAGCGACUUGGUGUAAUAAGUGGAACAUGUCAAUAGCACCUGAGAAAACAGAGGUACUUAUCUUUGGAGACAAUAUCACUGAUAUGGACAGACAACAUGCUGCUGUGAAAAUGAACAGUAUUUCACUCCCUAUUGUUAAACACAAAAAACUAUUGGGAAUCACUCUGGACGAUGAACUUAACUUCAAUAAACAUAUAUCUGAUAAGGUUGCAAGUGGUUUUAGUGCUCUGAACAGCUUAGAUAAUUUUGCCAACUCUCACGCUGGCUGCCCACAAUCAACAUUCAUGAGACUGUACAAGGCGUUAGUACUACCAGUAGUUGAUUAUGGAGCUGCAGCUUUGGUUUCUGCCGGAGACAAGUUCAGCCAAAAUAUGGAAAAGAUCCAAAGAAGUGCAAUGUUAAAAGCAUCUGGUUGUCUCCGUAGUACUAGCACAGAUACACUGGAGAUACUAACAAACUGCACACCAUUUGAUCUUCACAUCAAACUCAGACAGGCUCAAGAAGUGAUCAGAAUAGCAGCAAAACAUAAUACAGACCCUUUGAAAUCUGACUUUGAUAAAUGGAUGACAGACGCCAAACAGUUUAGAGGAAAACCAACAUCCUUUCAACUUCUUUUAGCAAGAUUCAACGAAGUACGAGACAAUAUUGAGAUAGACAGUAUAGAGAAAGAGUUUGAGUAUAACAAGGAGUUAUUUGGAUUGUCAAGAGUUAAAGGUAAAGUAAAUAAAGAGCAGUUUGGAGAAAGCAAAGAGGUACAGGUUGAAAAUAUUCGAGAAAUAUUAGAGGCAUGCAACAAGCAAGACAUCUUAGUAUUUACAGAUGGGUCAUCAUUUGGAAACCCUGGUCCAACUGGUGGUGGAGCUGCUGUCUAUCUGGAAGGGUACAGCAGUCAGCCAAUCCUUUUAAACAAAGGAGUAAGCAAAAGUGGUAACAAUUUCUCAGGAGAGGUAGUUGGUAUUGAGAUAGCAAUGGAUUUUUUAGUAGAGGCAACUCACAUAAUGGAUAAGAAAAUACACCUUUUUACCGAUUGCCAAUCAGCUAUCAUUUCGGUCUUCUGCAAAGAAACACCUGCAUAUAAAGUGGAGACAAUACUGAAAAUAAAAGGUAAAAUUGGUUUACUGGAAGAUCGCCGAAACACAGUAACGGUACACUGGAUACCUGGCCACAAAGGUCUGAAAGGCAAUGAACUUGCAGAUCAACAAGCAAAGUUAGCAGCAAAAAGCAUGAUUGACAGUACAGAUGAAGGGACAGGAAUGUUAGACUCAAGGGAUGCAGUCAGAAUUAUGAAAGAAAAGGUUAAGCAAAAAUGGAACAACAAGUAUAUACACUCCGAUAAAGUUGACAAAACACAGGAAAUAUACACAUCUGUAGGAACCAGGGUUUUAUUUGGGGAAUUCAGUCGCAACACAUUCAGUAUAUUCAACCAAAUGAUCAGUGGACACUGUAGAUUAAACCAUCAUAUGGCCAAGAUUAAUGUGGAACAGGUUCCGGAGUGUGAUCACUGCGGGGUUGCAGAGACAGUGGAACACUUUAUAUUUGAUUGUGAAAGAUACAACAGUAUGAGGAUUGAAAUGGUGGAAACUGUGGAGGAUUUGCUCCACAGAAAUUAUAUUAAGUGUGGGCCAGUUACUCUAAAAGUAUUAGCUGGAGAGAUUGAAGAGGCUCCUGUGUCAGUUAGAGAGGGUAUAGCCGCUGCCUUUCAAAAUUUCUUAGUGAAAACGAAGAGAUUUUAA